AUGAAGCUCUCUCAUGCAAUAAACAAGCUGGUAGCAUCCCUUGGAGGAGUUCUCCUAGUUGCCUACGACGUUCUUCGAAUGCACAAAAGCAAUACAAAUUAUGUGGACGAAAAUAUCUACUUGAUGGAUAACCCCUAUGUGCCUUUUUCCACUUUUCUUAUUCUGAGUUUUACAUAUCUUUUCCUAAACGGUUUUUCGAACUCAAAGAAUGUCAUGGCAAAAGGGUUUACAGGCUUCCUAAGCUGCUUCUUAAUCACAUACUCCUUCGUUUUUUUGGCGCACCAGUUGUACCUCACAUCAGAAUUCGGCAAGGCUGAGUCCGAGAUGCUCAGAGACUCCACCUACCUAUGCAUUUUCCUCUUCUUCUACUUCUGUUCCUUGUGCAUCGAAGCCCAUCGCAACUUAUCGAGAACCGUGUCAACCAAGGAGAGCAUUGGGGGGUCCAUCAAAAUAGAAGUUUGA